AUGAUUCGGGGGGCGGGUCGCCGGUGUUUCCUGCCCGCGCUGCCUGUUGGCGACACCAACCUGUUACCUGCCUCCGGCGGCCGCUGGGACAGGGGUCAGCCCCUGCUGAGCCCGGGAGGAGCCCGGCUGUGCCAGGUUUGCCCAGGGGGCGACUUCACCGCCAGGCCCGAUUCACGGCAGGGCGUGGGUCCUGGUCAGGGAACGCGCGAGCUGGUGUUUGUGGAGUUCCUCGGGGCCCUGCCCGCCACACUCGUGUCGGCUAGGAAGGCGUGGAGGUUCGUGGACAGGUGCUCCAGGUGGCCUUCGGCAGAGGGUCCCAGCUGGCACGGUCGCCCCCGCUCGGCUUUAAGUGUGUUUCCCGGUGAGGGGGGCACUGUCCCGCGGCGCUGGCUGCCCUCAGAGUUGGGGCGGCUGCCCGGCCUCGCCUGUCUGCCUUCCGAAGGGGAGUGGGUUCAGAACGUGCCUGGGGCUGUGUCCCCAGGCGCCGAGGACAUCGGUGUGGACGCUGCUAGCCUGCCUCCUGCCCCUCCGCGGACUCCGGGGCUGGCCGUGAAGCCCCGGGGGACUUCUGCUGUCUCCCCGCGGGGUGCUGGGGGGAGUUCCCGCUGCAGGGGGCUAGAACUGCGCUCCCUGCUCCUGCGGGGGGGGGGGGGGUGUCUGCCUGCCACCCUGAGCUGUGCGCACACGCGUCACUUUGCAUUUGGGGGGGUGCGCGGCCAUGGCUGGCUGGCCUUGAUUUCUCACUCCCCGUCCUGCCCUGGUGUGGGCUCCCGCAGGUCCACCAGGUCUGAGCCCUCCUCCGACCUGCCGGGUCCCAGACAGCGGCCGAGUGCGGGUGCCCUUGUCCCCUCUGCAGCCUGGCCCUGCGGUGCCGCUUUCCCCCUGCAGGGGCUUGGGGACACAGCGGCCCUGCUUGGCCUUGGAAGGCUGCCGGAGGAGUGGGGCCGGGUGGCCUCUGAGAGGCCAUGGAGCCCGUGCAGCUGCCCAGGGGCCAGGGCCCGGCCCAGGCUGAGGGGAGACCUGGGACCCCGGGGACCCCCAGACACAGCAGGGGAGCCAAGGCGGAAGGCAGUGUGGUGCAGCGGUUCCCUCCCGACGGGUGGGGCGCCCGGCUCACCUCCCCCAGCUGGGGAGAUAGGGCCAUGUAGGGGCGCAGCCCAGGCCUGGCGAAGACCCAGGGUGCCCUGUGGGCCGCCAUGCGGGGAGUCGGGGCCUGGCCGCCAGUGCUGGCCGGGGGGCAGCCCGAGAGCUGAUGAGCCAGCCAGGCCUCGGGGGCCCUGUCGGGCACAGGGCCGGCGCCUGUGUGGGUCUGGCAGUAAGGUCAGAGCCCCCAGCCUCCCCGCUGCCAUCUGUCUGUCCGUCCGUCCAGGCCCCAGGUCCCGCCCUCUGAGGUGGCCACACUUGCCUCCCUCUCUCUCUUUUUUUGUAAACAUUUACAUAUUUAUUAUUUGAGUUGCAGAGAGAGCUUCCGUGGGCUGGUGCACUCCCCAAGUGCCCAUAACGCUCAGGGCUGGACUGGGCCGCAUUCCAUCCGGGCCUCCCACGGGGGCGCAGGC